AUGUCGUUUGGGUCAUUUACAACCUCAAAAGCGAAUAUUUUCUUGCAAAAUACUUUGUUAUUAUAUCAUCCUAAAUCUUAUCUCAAACUAUCAAAUAAUGUUCGCAUAAUUAAAAGAGAUCUAAGUAAUAAAAAUCAAAUCAAAGUUCGACUAAUCAAACCAGUAAUAAAUUUAGGGCAACCAGGAGAUGAGGUUUCAGUUGCGAGAGGUUAUAUGAGGGAAGUAUUAUUUCCUGAAGGAUUAGCACGUUAUAUUCUUUUUUCCAAUGUGCCAAAGAGGAUUCUCAAAGAAAAAAUGAAAGGAACUCCGACAGAAUCAGAUAAAAUUACAACAGGAACGAUGAAACUUUUACCACUUCCUGGUGUAAAACCUGAAGAUUGUUCACCCGAGAGAAUUCAUCGCAUACAAGUCAACAUUGCCAUCCUUACCCAUCUUCCGAUGUUACAUUUUGUGCGCGAUGUCUCUCAUACAGUCUGGAGCAAUUUUGGAAAUAGUUCGGAAAUCAAUCCACCCGUAAAGAUGAGACACGUCGUGCAAAAACUUGCGCAAUAUGGUGCAGAAUUGGAAGAAGAGAACAUGUAUUUUCCUAACUAUAUCAAGAAUGAGAUUAGAACAUUUGGCGAACAUCAAUGUAGAAUAGUGUUUCCUGAGGUUCGGCAAAACAUGUGGUUGAAGGUUAUUGUGGAAAAGAAAUAA